ACACACAUCAAAAUGAAAAUGGAAACCAAUUCUUAUGUUGUUUUGUUGAUUGUUUAUAUGUUAGUUUUGAUUUGUAGGAUUGAAGGCAGUAAUAAUGGAACAAUUUCAGCAGUUAUAGCAUUUGGGGAUUCAAUACUGGACACAGGUAAUAACAACAAUCUAAAGACAAUGAGCAAGUGCAAUUAUAUGCCUUAUGGAAGGGAUUUUCCUGGAGGAUUACCAACCGGCAGAUUUGGAAAUGGAAAAGUUUUCUCUGACUUAAUGGCGGAAGGACUAGGAGUGAAAGAGUUGUUGCCAGCAUAUCUUGAUCCCAAUCUACAAGACGAAGACCUUCCCACAGGCGUUUGUUUCGCUUCUGGUGGUACAGGUUUUGACCCUAUUACUUCUGGAAUUCAGAAUGUGAUCCCACCUUCCCAACAACUUGAUAAUUUCAAAGAAUAUUUGUCCAGACUCCAAAAUUGUGUCGGAAAAGAUAGAGCCGAUGAAAUUAUAGCAAACGCCCAAUUUCUUAUUUCCUUCGGCAAUAAUGAUCUCGCAAUUACCUAUUUCGGUACCCAUCUCCGACUAACACAAGACAUUCCUGCUUACACUUCGCAGUUGGUCUCGAUGGCUUCUACAUUUGUUAACGACAUUUACGCAUUAGGCGCCCGAAGGAUUGGGUUCUUGGGAACACUUCCGUUGGGGUGCUUACCAUCAGCUACGGGGAGGUUAAUGUGCCUAGAAAAUGUAAACGAAGCAGCUCAGUUGUUCAAUUCCAAACUCUCAUCAGAGAUGACUAAUCUGAACCAGAAUCUAAAUGGAGCAAAAAUAUUCUAUAUUGAUGUCUAUACUCCACUUCUCGAAAUUAUCCGUGACCCUCCAAAAUCAGGUUUCCUAGUGGCCAAUGUUGGAUGUUGCUGCCAAGGUUUAAUGUCAUGCCCGUUACCAGAAACUAAUGUGUUUUGGGAUUAUGGUCAUCCCAGUGAAAAAGCAUAUAAAAUUAUUAUCAGUCAGCUCCUCCAAAAUUCCGCAUCCAACUUCUCUUGAUCAUCUUCUCUUCUAAUUAGCUAGAAAACUUAGCAACAAUAUUCACUUUAUUUUUUUGCUCAUAUUUUUUUCAUUUCUUUUGUUGUAUCCCCUUAACAUUCAAUUCAAUUAAUUCAUCUUAUUU